AAUUUUUCUAAUAAACAAAAGCAAAGAAAAAAGGAAAGAAUAAAAAUCUGAAACGCCUUAGCGAGUUCGUUCGAUAUAUCGAGAAGCUCGCUCUUCUCCUCGUUCUCUCGGAGCAGCAACAAACCCUAGAGUUCCGAUGAUGAUGAGGGGUCUCUUAUCCGGCGCCAAGCGGCUAUCAACUCCGACCACCGCAUCCGCGAGAAGAAGCUACAGUCUGAUUCCGAUGGUAAUCGAGCACUCGUCUCGAGGAGAGAGAGCUUACGACAUCUUCUCUCGGCUGCUCAAGGAGCGUAUCAUCUGCAUCAACGGCCCGAUCAACGACGACACCUCCCACGUCGUCGUAGCCCAGCUUCUCUUCCUCGAAUCCGAGAAUCCUUCCAAGCCGAUCCAUAUGUAUCUCAAUUCACCAGGAGGCCACGUCACCGCAGGUCUUGCAAUUUACGAUACUAUGCAGUACAUUCGUUCUCCGAUAAGCACAAUCUGUCUAGGCCAGGCUGCAUCAAUGGCCUCUCUCCUCUUGGCAGCGGGUGCCAAGGGACAAAGGCGGUCGCUUCCGAACGCAACCGUUAUGAUUCAUCAGCCUUCAGGUGGGUAUAGCGGCCAGGCCAAGGAUUUAACGAUUCACACGAAGCAGAUUGUUCGUGUGUGGGAUGCUUUGAAUGGUCUUUAUGCGAAACACACGGGCCAGCCUAUCGACGUGAUUGCGGAGAACAUGGACAGGGAUAACUUCAUGACUCCCGAAGAGGCCAAGGCGUUUGGGAUAAUCGAUGAAGUGAUUGAUGAGAGACCGUUGGAGUUGGUGAAAGAUGCAGUUGGGGGUGAAAGCAAAGAUAAGAGUUCGAGUUGAGGGAGUCACUCUGGUAAUCAAAAGUAUCUUUUUUUCUUUCUUUGCUUCAGUUAGAUCACACUUUUCUUCUAUGGAUGAAAUUGAUGCUCUGCAGGGGCAUAAUCUCUUAAAAACUGUUUUUUAUUCUUUAAUAAAAUCGUGUUCAUGUUUCGGAACUA